CACCCUCGCCUCAUCGCACAGCGACCACGCAUCGAGCGCUCAUCCGGCAUGGUCCUCGAGCCGCCCGCACACGCUGCCGCCUCGCUCUCUGCCGCCGCGCUGGGCGAUGCGUCGCUGCGCGUGCACGGCCGGCACCUGCUCGAUGCGCACGGGCGCGUUGUCCAGCUGCGCGGCUUCAACGUCUCGGGCGGCGCCAAGCAGCCGGCACACCCGCACACGCUCUCACACGAGUAUGCGCCCGCCUUCUGGGAGCACGAGAGUGUCUCCUUCGUCGGGCGGCCCUUCCCGCUGGCCGAUGCGCCGCUGCAUCUCGCGCGCCUGGCCGAGUGGGGCCAUCCGCUCAUCCGGCUGCUCGUGACUUGGGAGGCGCUGGCCCACGCUGGUCCGCGCACGGCCGACAUCGACCUCGAGUAUGUCGAGUACCUGGAGCGUUUGCUCGAGCUGUGCGACGAGCACGGCCUCAAGGUCGUCGUGUGCGCGCACCAGGAUGUGUGGAGCCGCUUCUCGGGAGGCAGCGGAGCGCCGGGCUGGACCUUCGCCACUGCGGGCCUGGACAUUAGCGCCUUCAAGGACACGGGCGCGGCCUACGUGCACUCGGUCGCGAGCCAGGAGGUGGAGAAAAUUCAGCCUAGCCGGGCAGGCAAGGGCAGAGAGGAGCCUUCCGGCCCCUUCGUCUGGCCUUCCGGCUACCAGAAACUCGCGGCGUCGAGCAUGGCCACGCUCUUUUGGGCGGGCUCCAUGCUGGCGUGGAAGCUGCGCGUCACGCGGCAACACCCAGAGACCGGCGACAAGGAGGAAGUCUCGAUUCAGGAGUUCCUGCAGGACGCCUACCUUGAUGCCUUCGGCCUGCUGGCGGAUCGACUGGGCGGCAAGGCGGCGUGCGUUGGCUUUGAUGUCAUGAACGAGCCACAUCGAGGUCUGAUUGGCCUGCACGGCUGGCACGGCUGGAAGUACGAAACAGACCUCCAUGUGGGCCACUACCCAUCGCUCUUGCAGUCUCUGGCGCUCGGCACAGGACAUGCGCAGGAGGUGCCCUUCUACGUCAAGUCGUUCCCGUUCCCGACACGCAAGACACACGCCUCGCUGAUCGACCCGAAAGGACGGAGCGCGUGGCUGUCAGACGCACGAAAGGGCGGGCUCGGCGGCUGUGUCUGGGCAGCGCACGGCGCCUGGGCAUGGGACAAGGACCGCAGCUCGCCGGUCGUGCUGCAGGAAAACUUCUUCCACCGCGACCCGCGGCCACCGGCACAGGGCGGCACUGGUGAGGAGAUUGAGUGGUACCGCCACUGCUGGGCGCCGUUCGUGGACAAGUUCACCCGCCGAAUGCGGAAACGGCACCCUCACUUGCUCGUCUUUGCCGAGCCCAUCCCGAACGAGUUCCAUCCGCCGUGGCCCGCUGCCGAGGCGAUUGACAGCUUCUCAGAUGAGGAGAAGCGGGCAUUCGAGGAGGCCAGCCGCAGUCAAGCCUACGCGACGCAGACACACAUCGAGACCAAGCGGCCAGAACACUUUGUCUAUGCGCCUCACUUCUACGACCUGAACGUCUUGUUCCAGAAGUCGUACUCGUGGUACUCGGUCAACGUGCAGGGCGCGAGCCGCGGCAUGUUCAUCCUGCGCGCUUUGUACUUCGGCGUCGAGGGCCUGCGCAAGAACUACCUCCUGCAGCUGCGCAACAUCGUCAGCAACGCUCAGCUCUCGCUCGGCGACGUGCCAGUGCUGAUCGGCGAGGUUGGCGUGCCGUUCGACAUCAACAACCGCAAGGCGUUCCUGACGGGCAACUACGAGAAGCAGGCGCAGCUCAUGUUUGCGCUCGUGGAAGCGAUGGAAAAGAACGGCCUCGGCUACACGCUCUGGAACUACAAUCCGGACAACACCGUGGAGCACGGCGAUAACUGGCUCAGCGAAGACUUCAGCGUCAACUGCUCCUCCGAUGCGGAAGCUCUCGACACGCAGAACCACUUGCAGGACGAUAAGCUGUAUCACGGCGGCCGCUGUCUCGACGCGAUCAUCCGCCCAUAUGCAGUGAAGGUCGCCGGCGUGCCGCUGAGCAGCGAGUGGGACCCGCAGCAGCUCAUGUUCAAGAUGCGCUGGAAGAACGCCGGCGAGCCCGGCGAGAAGGAGACGGAGCUCGCGCGCAUCACCGAGGUGUACAUGCCGCGCUUCUGGUUCGAGAAUCAGGACGUCUCGGUGAUGCUCACCGACGGCGAGUGGACGUAUGACAGCGCGCGCCAGUCGCUGUUCAUCCAGCACGCCGACCUGCGCCUCAACGUCGCGCACGUCCUCAUCGUGCGCGGCAUGAACCCGCCGCCGCCGCCAGGCCGCUGGUACAACCGCCUCGGCUUCGCGGACUGGCUCGUGCUCGGCAUCGUCGCCGCCGCCAUGUGGCUCGUGCUGCUCGGCACGCUGUGGCUCAUCUCGAGCGAGAUCGAGAAGACGACGGAGCGCCGCCGCUUCUGGGAGCACCAAGAGCUCUAAUGCACAAUCGUCACCGCUUGCACCGUGUGAGGUCAGGGCUUGCACACUCGCGCCGCACACCACGCGUCGGGGCAUUGCAUACUUGUAGGAGCAGGAGGGAG